AUGGCUUCACAUUUAAGCACCCGAGAUCGUUUACUGUCGCAGAUUGAUGAUAUUGAGCUAAUUGCCAAGGAAAUAAUUGAGGUAGCUAUAGCCCCUAAAUCACAGAAGUUAUCAGCAGCGGAUCAUGCACAGUUAACUGAAUUACUACUGUCUAAAGAUGCAGAACUAAAGAAAACUUUAGAUUUGGCAGAUGAACAAGCAAAAAUACAAGAAAAAAUGAAUGAGCUUAAAGCUGAGGUUUACAACAAGGAUCAAGAUAUUUCACUUCUUCAGCGGCAACUGAAAGAUGCUGAGCAAAUAUUGGCAACAUCAUUAUAUCAGGCUAGACAAAAGUUAGCGUCAAUAGUUAAGUCUAGGAAAAGACCCGUACCUUCUGAGGAAUUAAUUAAGUUUGCGCACAGGAUAAGUGCAUCAAAUGCGGUCAGUGCUCCAUUAACAUGGCAGCCUGGUGAUCCAAGAAGACCGUACCCCACAGAUCUUGAAAUGAGACUUGGAAUGUUGGGCCGACUCUGUGAUUUACCUCUAAAUGGACAUGCACCGUCCACACUUAAUGACCUACACAGAAUCACUACUGGAGGAGUACCCGCUUCAGCGACAAAUCAAUUCACCUGGCACCCAUCGGGGGAACUCCAUAUGUCAGUGGGUGGUGGGAACUCUGUGGCCAUCGAUGGUCGCGGUAAAGAUGCGCCGGCGCAGGAAGAUGUCGAAGUUAUGUCAACAGACUCUAGCUCUAGUUCUAGCAGUGAUUCUCAAUAG